CGCGAAUCUCCAAGCUCAGUCUGAUCGCAGAAAUCGACGCGAACGGGUGGUGCAGUAAAACCCCUAAUAAGUAAGACACCAAAAGUCGGUCGUUCGUUGGUGGUAGAAAGUAUCGCGGUUUCGCACUAGUAAUUUAGGAAAUUUGACAGUAUUCCACACGGUUUUUUUGAUUGACAAGUGAGGUAUAGGCCGUCGUACACGUACCCACCGGUUUGAGGAGGAUCUGAAGGAAAAACACACAGCACACAGCACCCUACACACAGAGGAUGGCGCCCCGCAACAAGGAACAGGAACAGGAGGUCCUGGAAUGGAUCAGCGCAGUGCUGGGUGAGAAACUGCCACCGGGUGCCUACGAGGAUGUCCUCAAGGACGGCGUCGUCCUGUGCAAACUGGCUAACAAGCUGGUACCGGGUUCGGUCAAGAAGAUCCAGGAACGUGGCACCAACUUCCAGCUGAUGGAGAACGUCCAGCGAUUCCAGGCCGCCAUCAAAAAGUACGGCGUACCGGAGGAGGAGAUUUUCCAGACGGCGGAUCUGUUCGAACGCCGCAACAUCCCCCAGGUGACGCUGUGCCUGUACUCGCUGGGACGGAUUACCCAGAAACACCCAGAGUACAACGGACCGACCCUCGGACCGAAGAUGGCCGAAAAGAACGAGCGUACCUUCACCGAGGAGCAGCUGCGGGCCAACGAGGGUCAGUUGAAUCUACAGAUGGGCUACAACAAGGGAGCGUCCCAGUCCGGACACGGUGGAUUCGGCAACACGCGUCACAUGUAGAAGGACGCAACGUUUAAAAAAUUCAUUCACUCAUCAACAUGCUCGCGUGCUUGCUCCAACAAGCUGUGUCAAAGUACUACCUAGUGUUUCGCUAUUUUCGAAACCUGCUUGAGAUUCAUUCAUUCACUCUUCAACCUAUAAGAUGUACUUUUAGUUUUGUUAUAGCUACAGUGCUGGACAAAAUUUUUGCAACAAAAUCGAUUUUUCAGUCAUUGCGUCCAAUGGACAACAAUGUAUUUGCUAUUUGAAGAACAUUUUGUCUAUAUAAUCGAUUCUGUUGCAAAUUUAUUGACCAAAGCUGUAUUUCGGUACGUACGAAACCAAGGCAUAACGGCAACAUUUUAACGCGUCCGUUGGAUGGAACAACUUUCUGGACGUGAGCUCAUUUGAUCGUUCCGCACCGUGGCCGCUGCUGCUAGCUGUUGCUGCGGCUCGUCUCGAGGGCACACUCUCUCUCUUUCUACUUUUAGGAUUAUAUUUAUUUUUCCAAAAAGAAAAAAAUAGAAAAGCAUCUUAAAUUCCCGCGAAGGUUGCGGUUGGGGAAAACACAGCUAUCCGACAGAGACGAACCAGUAGCGGCAAUUUUGCAGUCACUGCUAUUUAUAGUGCGCGCCCAUACUCAGAACACACCGGACGACGAACGGACGAAAAAUGGUUGUUGCCAUUUUGAUGGACACCCACGCAGGAGCAGCGAUUUGUAGCUUCGAAUAAGUCAGGGAAAAAUUCUAGAAGAAAUUAUAGAAAUACACAGCAAGCACAUAAGUAGGUGUUUAUAAUGGCUUGGCUCGUGUCGUCGUCUUGUCGGUCAUCGCUUGAAUGCAUUUUCUUUCGCUGAUGUCCCCAAUAAUCGUGUCUCCGGUCAGUUUAGUUGCGUCAAGCUAAAACAGCAACAGCCGCAGCACUAGCAGCAGCAGCACCCCAGUCAGUGACAUAUGAUUGCCGUUGCGUCAGGUUUACUUUUACUUUCUAAGAAUUAGCUCAUUAUUAUUUAUUUGCACUCUUUCUAUUUGGGAAGCAAUAAAAUAAGAACAGAAUUGUA